AUGGCAAGCACAGCAGCACCGACCGCGAACGCACCUACAAACGCAGCGCAAGCCGCGCCCAAACCGUCCAACGCGAACCCUCACCUCCUUCCCUUGCAAGAGGACGACGAGUUUGAGGAGUUCCCUGCGGAGGACUGGGAUAUCAAAGAGUCUUACGGCGCACACCUCGCAAAGAAGGCAGACGGCGCAGCAGGCGCGCAAGGCGGAGCAGGCGCACAAGGAGGCGAGGGAUCAAAGGCGCUCGACUCGCUGUGGGAGGACGACUGGGACGACGAUGAUGUUGGAGAUGACUUUUCGGUGCAGCUGAGGGGCGAGCUCUUGAAGCAGCAGGACCAGAUGCAAGCAUGA